AUGCGUCGCAAAAAGCACAAGAGCUUUUGGCUCCCUCGAAAGCUCCUCCAGCACUCUGCAGGCGGCGCAGCAGCAGCAAACAGUGAGUCAAACCCUAGCCAGCAGCAGCAGCAGCAGCAGCAGCAGCAGCGGCAGCAGCAGCAGCAGCAGCAGCACUUACGCCCAGGACAUGGGAAAGCCGUCGGCCACCGGCAAAGAGCGGAAGAUCUCGUCGACCAGAACCUGAAGGGCGCAGCAGAUUGUUGCCUUGCAGCAGCAAACUGCAGCAGCAGCAGCAGCAGCAAACUGCAGCAGCAGCAGCAGCAGCAGCAGCAGCAAACUGCAGCAGCAGCAGCAGCAGCAGCAGCAGCAGGCGGAGGCGGUAGCUGA